GUAUGUGUGUUAGAGGGAACAGAGAGGAGCAGAACGUGGUGAGUGGGAGUCCAGACAGACCACAACAACAGGAGGGACUGAUUUUCACCUUUGCCUUCACAUUCUGAGAUUUUCCCGCUUCUUCUUCCACCAGGCGUGUGAUUGAGCAGCGUUUAGAUGGCUGGCAGCACCGCGGCCACAACUCUCCUGCCGCCAGUGAAGAGUGUGGUGGUGUACAGGAACGGUGACCCCUUCUACAAUGGACGGAGGUUUGUGGUCAACCAGAGACAAAUGGCCACCAUGGAGGCUUUUCUGAACGAAGUGACCCAGAACAUCGGAGCGCCGCUCGCCGUCAGGACCCUGUACACUCCAAGGCAGGGCCACAAGGUCACGGACCUCCAGGACCUGCAGACAGGAGCCCAGUACGUUGCUGCUGGCUUUGAAAGGUUCAAGAAACUGGACUACCUGAACGUGGGAGCAAAAAAGCAGCCUGCUGCACGUGAAGAAACCCAGGCAAAAAUAAUCCAGAGGCCAAAUGUUUCAGCUAAAUGGAGGAAGUUUAUACCUGUACCAUGCAUUAUACAUGUUUUCCGUAAUGGAGAUUUCCUGUGUCCGCCAUUUCGGUUCAUCAUCCCUCGGAGCAUGCGGCAGGACCUGGAGCAGAUCCUGAGUCUGGUCACAGAGAAGGUCUGCCUACGAACCGGAGCUGUGCGCAGGUUGUGUUCUUUGGAGGGAGUGACUGUGUCCUCAGCUGUGGAGCUGGAGACCGGCCACUGCUAUGUUGCCGUGGGAACCGAGAGGUUCAAGAAACUUCCAUAUGUGGAGCUGCUGGUUUCAAAAGCUGCAGAGAGGUUUUACCCAGGAAAGAAAAGAGUGUUGAGGAGAACGGAGAACAGGAAAGCAGGAAGUGGUCCAGCAGACCAGUACAGUGACUCAGCCCUCCUCGAUUCCCCAGAGUCAGAUGGUCGGAGGGUGAAGUCAACAGGAGAUGAAGCUGCACCUCCACAAGCCACACAGCAGAGGAGCAGGAGACCGGGGGAAGAUGAGGCAUCUGUGUUCUUUGCCAGGCCGGUCAAGAUCCGCAAAAACAGAGGACAGAUGAGAUUGCCACUUAGUAAUGGAUCUGUCCAACCCAGCGUAUUUAAAAGGGCAGCACGAAAGAGGAGAGAGGAGGUUCGAGGAGCCGAGGUGGUGCAGGAGGAUGAGAAUACAGCUACAGAGCUUCCUGUUGACCAGAGAGUGGCAGAAGUAGUGGAGGAUGAAGAACUCACAGAUGAUCCUCUGCACAGCACACAGCAGGUAAAGUCACCUAAACAAAAUGGUAUCGAACAGACAGAGAAGUCUGCUGGUGAAAUACAGGAAUCUGAGCUGAAGCGCACAUGUUCAAGGCCUUCGUCGCCCAACUCUCAGGAUAGCCCACAGGACAAUGUCCCUUCAAAUUCAGUAGAACAGAACCACCACGAGGGCGACCAGUGAAUGACGAGCACAGAAGACUCAUCGAGGAGGUCACAUGAGCACAAGGACCACGGCCCAAAGCCCAGCAGAUAACCAGGCAAUUAGUGUUUCAGCAGGACCCAUGUGGCUAAAUGAAUGUUAUGAUUAGGCAUGAUAUCUGGAAAAUUUGCGACGUGCAAUUAAUAUUGUUCAAUACUGCGAUGACGAUGUGACUUGCGAUAAAUAAAACAAACGUUUAAUUGUG